ACUGAGGAAAGGAGUCACAACACCAACCAGUAGCUGGAGGAUCAGUGAGUACGCUGUGGUUGGCCGAUUGUUGAAGUCAAGGACAACUGCACCAGAACCUAAUGUUUCCUAAAGAAAUGAAGUCAAACUACUUUCUGACAUUCACAGCCAUCCUGCUAAUGAAUACGUGUGUUGUGGAAACACUAGGAUUCCUUGAAACAUCAUCCUACACCUCUGAGCUUAAAUCUAAAGAUGGGCAACUCAAUCAUUUAAGAGAAAAACGAGCAUCUACUUCAUAUACACUGGAAUAUAUCGUGGUGGUAGAGAUAAAUGUUUCUGAAGUGAUUUUGAUUCAGCAGCUCCAAGCAAUCGGCCUUGGGUCAAUCAUUCAGCUAGACAACACCACUAAAAUAUCUACUGUGAACGUAACAACUGUGUGCCAAUUAAACAGUAAUGGAUACCAAUGCAGGUGUGAGAAUCAGUAUUUCUGGCCAUGUGACAAGUGCAUUCAAUACGGGCAAUGCAACGGCACCAACAAAUGUAAUUGCAUCAAUGGUGUUCCAAAUGAUGGGCAGUUCUGCCAGCCACAAACUGGCAUCUCAAGUGAAAAUACAUGUCCAACUUCACCACCAUCCACAGAGACCACAAAGUACAUGUCAUUGUCAUUAGAUGAAAAGUUUGACAUCGCACUCUCCGACAAAAACAGUGUGAAGUACAACAAAUAUAAAGCCACAAUAGAAGGCGCGAUUGAUAAAAGUUAUCGACACAUAACUGGCUACAUCCCUGGCUCUGUGGUAGUCCUUGGGUUUAGGCCUGGCAGCGUAAUUGUAGACUUUACGAUUAACGCAAGCACGAAUACACUUGAUUUUAAAUUCGGAAACUCAGCGCUCUCUCAAACACUUACUGCAGAUGGAUUCAAAGUCAAUAACAAUCCUAUUGCUUUUAGCGAGGAGUAUAACCUCACCCAAAACACAGGAAUAAUCUAUCCUCUGCAAGAUAUACAGUUAAAUUGUGCUCUUCCAACCGAUGGAUUGGGAGGCAUACAAUGGCAAGUGAAUGGAGCUCAGUCUCUAAAGCCCAAUAAAUAUAACAUCCUCAAUAACAACCGCACACUUAUAGUAAAAAAUGUGAGUGCAACUGACAGUGGUAUCUACCAAUGCAUAACCGAAGUCAAUUCACUGACAAAUAUCCAGUGGCAAAGAAUUGCGAUCCAGCCAUUUCCCAAUAUCCAAGUAGAUCCUGAUAAAGUGUAUAAAUGUGAGAAUUUGUCCAUACCACUAAAAUGCUGUGCUCAAAGCAGCUAUACGAUCGAGUGGACCGAGGACUCCCUGUCUCCACUGACACCUCCAGGUCCGGGGACAAACUGCAUCGUAUACACCUACACUGUCUGGCAAAAGGAUUGUGCGGCUACGGACAAAAUAGUCACAUUAACAUGUCGACUGUCAGACACCAGCCUGAGUGGGUUUAGUUAUAGCUCUUCAAACAUAAAACUAAACAUAAUCCCAAGAGCGUUCAACUGCAAUGAUGUCAACUUUGGUGCCGGGACUGUAAAUCAGACAGCGUACAGACAAUGUGAUGGAGCUAAUAUUGGCAUUCAGUGGGCAGUGUGUAAUAAAACAGGGCAGUGGAGCAUAAUAUCUAACAAUUGCACCCUGCGUGUCCUCCAGAACCUGGCAGAUAUGGCUGAAAAUUUAGACAUAGAAGCCGUCCCGAUGUUUGCUACUGAUCUCCUUAAUGCUGUAGAAAACAACACCAUGAAUAUUUCCACGGUUCCUGUGAAUCUCUUGAAAGUGGUUGAUUUACUAAGCACAAUUGCUAAGUUUUCAAAAGCAAACUCUUUUGCGGUUGACCAAAACACAAUGAAGGAUUUCCUCAAAACUGUGGACGUCAUAACAUCAGAAACGGCACAAGAAACAUGGAAUAGUUUUAACAGUGAAAAUACGAACAUGAACGCUAUCUCUAUGCUUCUUCAGUCGAUCGAAAGUAUCGGAAGCAGUCUCUCCAGUGAUAGCUUUUCCAUAACAACAUCAAAUAUCCAACUUGAGAGGAAUUUUAGCAACUCAACUAAAUUGUUUAACACAAAUUCCACCACUCAAGCGAGCAUUGCAGAGACGAGCGGAAGAUUUCUAGUCACCGUCAUUGUCUUCUCGGCACUUAACAGUGUGUUACCUGGUCGGGAUGCAGCCUACAAUAACAGCAGUAAAACUCAAUCCAGCAUCAACGGAGACCUAGUUGUAAUUGAAGGAGACUCGACAAUAAACAACGUAUCCCUGUUUUUUGAAGUUAAAAAUAGGUCAUUAGGAAACCCACAGUGUGUCUUUUGGAACUUUAGCCUUUUAAAUGGUAUUGGUGCCUGGGACUCGACUGGAUGUGAAAUAAAGCAAGUGAUUAAUCAAGAUGGAAAGCUAACAUGUGAGUGCAGCCAUACAACAUCGUUUUCGAUCCUGAUGUCACCAUUUUCUCCGGAUAACCAAGCCUUAGCCUAUAUAACAUACAUUGGUGUAGGCAUUUCAAUUGGCAGCUUGGUUUUGUGCCUCAUCAUUGAAGGCCUUAUCUGGAAAUCAAUGUCAAAGAACGAUACCUCUUACAUGCGCCAUAUCUCUACUAUCAACAUCGCUCUGUCCCUCCUGGUUGCAGACAUAUGUUUUAUUAUUGGAGCAGCAAUCGGAACAAAAGGACAGAAGACACCAGAGGGUCCCUGCAGUACAGUGACAUUCUUUAUCCACUUCUUUUACCUUGCUCUUUUCUUCUGGAUGCUACUGUCAGCUCUCUUGCUUCUCUACCGCAUUGUCGUAGUCUUUUCCAGAUUGUCCCGGACCGUGAUGAUGACCAUAGCCUUUAGUGUUGGCUAUGGAGCUCCGUUAAUAAUUGCUGUCAUUACUGUCGCAGCAACAUCUGGAAACAGAGGAUACAUUCAAGAAGAGAAUACAUGUUGGCUCAACUGGUAUAAAACUAAGGCAAUACUGGCAUUUGUGAUUCCAGCCCUAACCAUUGUGUUUAUAAAUCUCCUGGUGCUUAUUAUACUUGUAUAUAAGAUACUGAAGAGCGGAAUUAGUGCCACUAUUCAGCGAGAUGAGAAAGAUGCCUUAGUAGUGAUUACCAGGUGUGUGGUGAUUUUAACCCCUUUCUUUGGUCUGACUUGGGGAUUUGGGAUCGGGACCAUCGUGUCACCAGACUUUGGGAUCCAUGUGGUGUUUGCAAUCCUCAAUUCACUGCAGGGCUUCUUUAUUUUAGUUCUUGGAACUCUACUGGACAAGAAGAUCAUUGGGGUGCUUUUAGGAAGGUGGAGGCAGAGGAACAUGAGUUCUACCCAAUCUGGGAACAUUGUUGGGGGAAAGCCGUCGUCUAAUAGAAGGGGUUACUAUCACGUGUUCCCGAGGAGAUAUGGCUACAAUAUAUCGACAGCUGCCUACUCCUCAAAUGUACCUUCAAGCAAUACGGAAACUUUUAAGUUCACUGAUAAAUAAUGCAAAUACCUUCUAUGUGACCUCUAUGACCUGAUUUGAGUCGAUUCCAUUUAUUUUAUUGUUUAUUGUGUCUUAAAUGUAUGAUCUAAUUUACAAGCCAGAAAAGACUAAUUAUAUUAAAUGAAAACUUUCCUGAUUAUUUCUUUAAUACUUACAUACAGUACAUACAUUUGAAUUAUCUCAACUAUCUCAAUCUAUUUUCAUCAAUAAACAUCUACCGUAC